AUGGCUCUACCUGAAGAUGAAAUUUCCACACUAAAGAGUACCAAGAUCAUUGGUAUUAUAGGUCUUGGUGAUAUGGGAUACUUGUACGCUAAGAGGUUUGGAGAGGCCGGAUGGAAUGUGGUUGGAUGUGAUAGAGAAGAGCUCUUUGAGCAAACAUCGGCUAAAUUUGCCAAUGAGCCGUUCAAGGUUCUCCAGAAUGGGCAUUACGUGUCCAGAAUCUCGGACUAUAUUAUUUAUUCUGUGGAGGCUGAGAACAUCGCCAAGAUAGCCUCCAUCUAUGGGUCAUCCACCAAGUUUGGAUCAAUUGUAGGGGGCCAAACUUCUUGUAAGGGACCUGAAAUACAGGCAUUUGAGAAAUACUUACCUGCAGAUACAAAGAUCGUUUCGUUACACUCGUUGCAUGGACCUAAAGUGAACACCACUGGGCAACCAUUGGUGUUGAUUAAGCACCGUGCCAGCGAUGUGGAUUUUCUAUUUAUUGAAGCACUUGUGUCGUGUUUGAAGUCUAAGGUGGUUCACCUAUCGGCCAUAGAGCAUGACAAGAUCACAGCAGACACUCAGGCUGUAACCCAUGCAGCAUUUCUUUCAAUGGGUACUGCUUGGCACUCGAUCGUAGCAUAUCCAUGGGAAACACCAAGAUGGCUUGGGGGGUUGGAGAAUGCCAAGAUCAACAUCUCCAUGAGAAUCUACUCGAACAAAUGGCAUGUUUAUGCUGGUUUGGCAAUCACAAACCCGGCAGCUCACGACCAGAUCUUGCAAUAUUCCAAUUCUGUCUCCGAGUUGUUCACCUUGAUGAUCCAAGGUAAGAAGCAGGAGUUGGAAGUCAGAUUGCUAAAGGCCAAGAACUUUGUAUUCAAGAACUACCUUAACAGUAAGAAGGACGGUGACGAUGAAAUGCUUUUGAACGAUGAGAUCUUGGAGAAAUACUCGCUCAGUAAGGUUCCUCCUGGCGGUAGACAGCCAAACUCCCACUUGUCCUUACUUGGUAUAGUGGAUAGUUGGUUCCAGUUGGGUAUUGUCCCCUACGAUCACAUAAUCUGCUCCACGCCAUUGUUCAGAAUAUUUUUGGGGGUCACAGAGUACUUGUUUUGUACGCCGGGGCUAUUGGAAGAAUGUAUAAACGUUGCAAUUGAUGACUAUUCAUUCAGACAUGAUGAUUUGGAGUUUACGAUUGCUGCUAGAAACUGGUCCAACAUUGUUUCCUUUGGGAACUUCGAGCUCUACAAGAAGCAGUUCGAAAAGACCCAAGACUUUUUCAAGCCGAAGCUUGCUGAAGCCAAUGCCUUGGGUAACGAAAUGAUUAAGACCAUUCUAGAAAGAGUGAAAGAGAAGGAAGAAAUGACGCAGACUAAUUUAUAA